AUGAAGGACGGGAAAGACGAGAAAAGCAUCGUGCCACCACGGAUUGUUGUCUCGGACGAGUCAUCACUCCCAUUGACAACUCGUCCAUCAAUCGCGUCCAGCGAAGCCAGUGCUGUCAUCAGGACCAGUGUACACAACAGCCAAUCCUAUCAUGCCAGUGUGAAUCGAUCGAGAGCAGUACGUGUGUCCUUCUUGCUGGUUGCUGCUUACAUAAUUUGCUGGUUACCGUACAAUUUGCUGAGUCUCGUUCACCUCAUCGACAAAGAACUUUUCAGUAACAGUUUCAUCAAGUUUUAUUUUCUUCACGAGUUCAUGGUGUUCAACUCGGUCGUCAACCCGUACCUCUACGGCUUGUUUAGCCGUUCAGACAAAAUACGAAGACGAAAUCACGAUUAA